AUGCCACGAGAAUCCUGGGGAGCCGAUGGUGCAAUCGAGCUUAUGAUCUUUCAUGUAUCCGAUCCCCUGAUGGAUAUCCUUUCCAAUGAAGGUUGCUUCGACAGUAGUCUUCAAUGCCUGGAAUCCGCUGGGCUCAUAGAAUCAGGACAUGGAACGUUUGGCGAGAGAAGUUUCAAAAUUAAGCAAACGGUUCGAGGAUGUGUAGAAAGAGUAACAUGCGAUCAAGAACAAGAGCAUCUUGAAUGGUUGUGUUUGGUCAUUGUUUGUCAUGCCAUUCCCGGGAGACAUGAAGAUGUGCUGUUUGGAGAUUUACCAAGGAGUUUGCUACCACAAGUCCACCAUGCCUUCUUUCAUUGUCGUGGCUUUGUCGACAAGAUCUUUCAUCAUCCAACAAUCGGCUAUGGCAUAACAUUAACGCUUCUGCUAUCUUCAUAUAAAGCUAAAAAUGAUUGGAAGAUUUAUGCUCUCAACUCAGUGGGUUUUAUACUAUCCCACAAUCCACAGUUUGGAAGUGGAACAAGGUACCUCGAGAUGCUCAAAGGACAACGAGAGCGAGAAAUUUCACGAAGAAUACCAAACUUAUCUAUUCAAAGCCUUUGCGAAGAGCUCCCACCCAUAGAUCCGAGAACAAACGCUCUCUAUGGGCGACAUCUACGGUCCAAUUCGCAAGAUCUCAUAAUGAGAAAUUGUAAUCUACCUAAUUCGUUACAAGAAACGGCAAAAUUUGAGUUCUACUUCAAUCGUCCAACAGAGAUAGAAGAGGUCGAAAGAUAUCAUAUGGAUUUCUUGAAAGGUAAGAUCUAUCGUUGGCUAGCCAGGUUUGAUAUGGCGAGCAAUAUCUUUUAUAAUGUGAUAUCGUCGCCUCAUUUCCAAUCAGAUGAAACUGGCUGCAAUGUCGUUGGUCAUCUUGUAGGGGUGCUUUGCGAACGUCGUUACCUAGGACAAGCCGAAUCGACUGCUCGUCAACAUGUCCGACACUUGGAGUCCUUGGAUAAGCAUGCUGCAAGAAGACGAACUUCGAUGACAUUUAAGUCUUUGCAACUCUCACUUGCAGAGACACUAGUUUGCAGGGCUAUGGUAAAAAGAGCUGAUGGUGUUCCAUUUACCCAUGAAAAUGUACAAAAGCUAAGGGAGGCUGAAGGCAUUUUUGAUUUGCUGAAAACGGAAUAUGAACUGAGCAAACAGGAAAGAGGUGCUAGCUGGGCUUCCGAAAUGAACUAUAUACAAACUUGUAUCGGACGAGCUUUAACCUCGUAUCUUAUGCAUCAUUAUGACGAGGCUUACAACCUCUGGGAGAAUGUUCGAGAGCCCGUACAACUUUGUAAGGAUGUCGUCACCGGCUUUUUGUCUAUGAUCAUUGACUUCUCUCAAUGUGAUAUCAGCCGGGAAUUGGGCAAAUUGGAAGAAGCAGCGGUUUUCUUAGAGCGAGCAACUAUGUUACGAUCUAUUCCAAAGCGAUGUUCAAUUAUCGGUCCAACUAGCUCAAGAACACACUUUCGCAAUGCUAUUCCCUUACUAUCAAACAGUUCCAGUAAUUUCUCUGUACUGAACAGACCGCCCCCCAAAUACGAAGGCCAUGUUCCUCUCAAAAUCCCUGAGAAACUUGCUCUUGGCAUUGGCUCUGCCCUGAUCUCCCUAUGGAAUCCCAGACGCGGAGAUAUGGUCGGAACCGUCGCCGAGAUGACCGCUGGUCCCUUUAUCAAAAAUCUACGCGAUGUCAUGUUAGCCGAUGAAACCGGACGUCGUAUACUUCGAGAUCGACCUCGAAUCAAUUCAAAGACCGUACCCAUCGACCAUUUAAGGAGUUAUCCCGCAAACACAUUUGCGCGCAGCUGGGUCGACUAUCUGGAUCAACACAAGAUGACGCUAGACAUGCGAGAUGAUGUCAAAUACAUCGACGACGAAGAACUCGCAUAUGUAAUGCAACGGUACCGCGAAGGCCAUGAUUGUGGGCACAUACUAACCGGACUCCCCGCCGCCUUUGUCGAAGGAGAAGUUGCCUUGAAAGCCUUCGAGUUUCUAAAUACGGGAUUACCAAUGACGGGCUUGAGUUUGGUUGCGGUGAUGAAGCUGAAGCCUGAAGAAAGAAGUCGCUUUUUUAAUACGUAUCUACCCUGGGCUUGUAAGAAUGGGGUACACGCUAAACCUCUGAUAAAUGUCUACUGGGAAGAGGAGUUGGGGACGCCUAUGGAUGAGUUGCGUCGCAGGUUGGGGAUUGAAAAAUCUCCUGAUCUCCGUAAAAUGAGGAAGAUGAGAGUCGAGAAGAUAGAUAAAGAUAUCUUGUUAUAG